UUCCAUGAAAGCCAAGGCUGUUGAGCAAACGAUUUGCCAGCAGCUAUAAUAGGGUUUAACCGGCUUUGUGUGUCAAACACAGAUCAAGUCAUUCAUGUAGAAACAGCUUUUCCAAUAGCCAGCAGCCGAUGUCUAAACGCAGCGAGGGGCGUUUAUUUUAUUCAGUGGGCGGACUGGAGGAAUCAAGCGGACACUUUUAAUAGCGCCAGGACAUGCGAGACCCUCCAUCUGCACCAGCAGGACAUCACUAAAGGGCUGUUUUUAAUGGAAAACGACAAAAGAGAGAAAAGCGACAAAGCUCAAAAGAUGGAAAGUGAAAGGAGUUGUUUGUUGUCCUCACAUGAUGCUGGGAAAGGUGGAAGUAGUUCAGUGUCCUCGGCCUCAUUUAAUUUCAUCAACUCUAUAAUAGGAAGCGGGAUUAUAGGUUUACCAUAUUCCAUGAGUCAGGCCGGACUGCCAAUGGGUCUUCUGCUGCUUAUUCUGGUUGCCUUCAUUACAGAUUACUCCAUUAUUCUUCUGGUCAGAGGAGGGAAUCUGUCCGGCACCCACAGUUACCAAUCUCUGGUUCGAAGCACGUUUGGCCAGAUAGGAUACAUCAUCGUGUCGGUUCUACAGUUUCUUUAUCCGUUCAUUGCAAUGAUCAGCUACAACAUCAUCGCAGGAGAUACACUUACUAAAGUAUUCAUGAGAAUUCCAGGUGUUGGUCCUGGAAACAUUCUCACAGAGAGACAUUUUGUAAUCGCGAUGUCUACAGUUCUGUUCACACUGCCACUGUCUCUCUACAGAGAUAUAGCAAAGCUGGGAAAG